UUAUUGAAAAUGAAUAUUGCUGACGUCAAAGUUAGUACAAUUGGAGGCUGGGACAAUAGCACAGAUAAUAGUGGAUGGCUGGAUGGAUCCAUCACUGAUAUUUUAGAUCAUGACCAUUCACAGCAGCCAGAUAGUGAUCCGGAAAGUAUAAUGUAUACAAAAGUUAUGCUUAUUGCUGGGCUCCUUGUUAUAGCUUUUCUCCUCAUCGUUCUGUCCUUCGUCAGCUACACUCUCUGCUGUAAAAGUAACAGCCCUUACAGCCAGUUUGGUGACAAUCAGCCGAGUGCAAAGAGUAAGAUCAAAUGCAGAGUCCCACACACAGAGUCUAAAGCUCACUGAAAACGCAAGCGAGACCCAGACUUCGUAGACUUCACAGAGUUCAGAGACUUCAAGCAGACCAACUACAGAACCGAAACCAAGUUUGUGCAGCCGAGGCCAUCAGCCGCCACCGACCACAGGAGCGAAGCCGAGUCGGUGUGCGACUCCGAAGCGAGGCUGAGGCUCCAGACUCCAGAGUAGCAGUCUCGACCAGGCCAGCCAUGUUGGGAGUUUAAACAAUGUUCGAAUAUAUUUCA